AUGCACAACGACAUCAUCAACACCAUCAGCACAGAGCUUCCAGAACAUCACGACAUCAAACAAAUAGACGCGAUCCCGACGACAUGUAGCAUGGACGGACCUUCAGCUCAAUUACACGCUGAUCUACGACGCGCUGUUCGCGACGCUCUCUCAAGUCGACGACCACUUCUGCAUCAUCUCAAUGAUGAUUCGAGCUGGUUAAUUCAGCUACCACGACCUGAUGCUGCCGUAAGGCGAGGAGUGCGAUCGUACUUCAACAUCCUGGUUGAUCCAUGGUUGAAAGGCGGACAAAGCGAUGUUGCUAGCUGGUUCUCACAACAAUUCCACGCGACUCCAAGUGCGGUACAGACAAUUGCAGAAUUGGAAGAAGUGAUCUUCGAAAUUGAACUUCUGGCCUAUCACGAACGUGUGGGCAGAAACAAGGCAGUGAAUGUUGAGGAGGCACUGAACAGAGAAGCAACGUUGAUCGAUGCUGUUGCCAUCAGCCAUGAAUUUACGGAUCAUUGUCACAAAGAGACUCUGGUAGAACUGCAUACAGAUGUGCCAGUAUUUGCUGCUGUGGAGGCAGCCAAACUGAUCAACGGCUGGAAGCACUUUCGUACUGUCAUUCCACUUAGUGCGUUUGGCGCGAACGGCAACCGUGAUUGGAGAACCUUUAGCGUCCCUCCUCUACCAACCUGGAUCGGAAUAAGUCGAAUAAUGUCUCCCAGCGAUGCACUAUACUACCACAGUGCGAUUCUGAUUACGUGGAACAGCGGGCACGCCAUCGGUACAGGACCAGCAAGGGACGAUGGCACGCGGAAGCAUAGCAACUCCGUCUUCGAGACAGGUGACGAUGAAGAUGAUGCAGAGGCUAUAAUUUACACCCCACAUGGUGUCGAUAGCGAAGAUCUGACGGUGGUGCCUAAUGCUGUUCCGCCGAUAACGACACUGGCGUUCCUGCAUGGACUGCACAACGUCCGUCUGGCAAGCUGGGGCCGGACAGCUCUGCAAUUGAAUCUAGGAGUAUACAACGGUCUUAAGGCUCAGCGAAUAUUGAAGAGCAAGUAUUGGGUCGGCACGCACGACGAAGUCAAAACGGGCAGAGGGCUCGUUGGCUUCUUCAUCAAGCGCGACGUCAAAAGUGUGCAGGAGGCUCUCCAGGAAGAGCGAGAACGACGGCAAGACAGCCGUUCCAGCGAGGGAUACAGCGAAGAAGACCAAGUGUUACUUAGCUUUGAAGAUACCAAUUGGCUCGACCUGCGCAACGGGGAAAGCAGAGUACUGACAUGAGCUAAAGAAGGCAGGCGCAGCACAUGGUCUUCACGCUCGGAGCGUAACUCAAAUUUGACUUCACCUGCCGGGCCCAGCUUCUUCUGCACAAUGUGACAGCAA